CCUGGACACUGAAAUCCAAAGGGACAGUGGGGGUCCUUUCUAGAGUGUCCCCCCAGUGUCGGGAAGUACCCUCAAACAACAUCAGCAGGGUUGUUCCCCCUGCCCUGUAUGGUCAGACACCGCCCCUACAGACAGGCUGGCAAUGGUGAGUGGGCGCCUCGGCCCAGCCAGACAGGCCUACACCUCACCCCCAUGUGGUCAGCCUCGAUCUGCCCCUGGCACAACCAGAACGGUGUGCCCUAACCAGCCCCAUAUGUCAACCAUGAGGACGGUGCCCCAACAAAGAAAUGUUGGGACAGCUUCUCCCAAGCCGGUUGGCAUCUAGGGCUGUUGAGUGGCACCUGGUAUUUCCCAUGUCCCAACUCCAUGUCACCCCCAGGGGCACCAGGCAGGAUGGCUGCCUCCUGACCCCAACAUUCUCAGCCAAGUGGCUCCGGCUAGCACCCAUGUAGUCCAGCUGGCCGGCAUCCAUCCUGUCAGCGCCCAGGGGCACGCUCCUCUGGGCACCUUCCUAGCCAGGGCCAACAUUCAGGAACCUGUGUGCUAGGCGGGGACAGGUGUCCUGCCUCCCUCCCCAACCCGAGGAGCAGUGGGAUGGACUGAGCAGUCCCUAGGGCUCUCCUUCCAGGGAGAGGUACCCAGGUAGCUCGGUGACCCUGUGUGCGUGGGCCCUGGGCGCUCCCCAUCUGACACCUUUCUGGAGAGGCCAGGCCCCCUGCAGGGACCCUUUGGAGAACAGAGUGGGCUGUGGGGCAGCCAAGCAUGGAUGGUGGUGGCGAGCCCAGGACCUGGAAAGGUCCCUGCUGCCCUGGAUGGGGGCGGGUGGGGACAGGACUCUGAGCAAGUGGAGAGCCAGAUUUGGGCGAUGUGGAGUGCAGGCCCUGCAGGGCCCUGUGGGCACCAAGGGGCUGUGGCCCAGGGAGGUUUUAUCUGAGAGGGACAGUGACAAGAAAGAGGUCAAAGGUGGGCCAAGGGAAGGAGGGGGCGCUGGGAGACAGGGACAGAGUCUAGGGAUCAGUGUUCCAGGACUGGGCCGUCAUAGAAUGGGCUGUGGGAACCCAAUUGUGAAACCCUGAGGAUGGGGAGGAGGUGUGGCCCGGGACUAUGUGUGGGGCUUAAGGUUGCCAUUCCAGGAGGAGGCUAGUCACAGCCCUGUUUGCUGCGCUCACCUUGGGCUAGGCGUGGUGUCAUGUGGACCCUCAGCUGUGUUGUGCAGUAGAGGCCCCUGGCCCCAACAUGGCCCGUCGCUCUCAGAGCUCCUCGCAGGGGGACAACCCGCUGGCACCCGGGUACCUGCCGCCUCACUACAAAGAGUACUACCGCCUGGCGGUGGAUGCACUGGCCGAGGGUGGCUCGGAGGCCUACAGCCGCUUCCUCGCUACCGAGGGGGCACCAGACUUCCUGUGCCCUGAAGAGCUGGAACAUGUGAGCCGACACCUUCGGCCUCCGCAGUAUGUUACCCGAGAGCCACCCGAAGGCAGCCUUCUCGACGUGGACAUGGAUGGCUCCUCGGGUACAUACUGGCCGGUGAACUCAGACCAGGCCGUGCCUGAGCUUGAUCUGGGCUGGCCUCUGACCUUCGGCUUCCAGGGCACCGAGGUGACCACCUUGGUGCAGCCACCGCCCCCCGACAGCCCCAGUAUCAAGGAUGAGGCCCGCAGGAUGAUCCGUUCUGCCCAGCAGGUGGUGGCCGUGGUGAUGGAUAUGUUCACUGAUGUGGACCUGCUCAGCGAAGUGCUGGAGGCCGCGGCCCGUCGGGUUCCAGUCUACAUCCUGCUGGAUGAGAUGAACGCGCAGCACUUCCUGGAUAUGGCCGACAAGUGCCGUGUCAACCUGCACCACGUGGAUUUCCUGCGCGUACGGACUGUGGCGGGCCCCACCUACUACUGCCGCACUGGGAAGUCCUUCAAGGGCCACGUCAAGGAGAAGUUCCUGCUGGUGGACUGUGCCGUGGUGAUGAGUGGGAGCUACAGCUUCAUGUGGUCCUUUGAGAAGAUCCACCGCAGCCUGGCGCACGUGUUCCAAGGAGAGCUGGUCUCCAGCUUCGACGAGGAGUUCCGCAUCCUCUUCGCGCAGUCCGAGCCGCUUGUGCCCUCGGCCGCGGCCCUGGCCCGCAUGGACGCCUAUGCCCUGGCUCCGUAUGCCGGGACCGGGCCUCUCGUGGGCGUCCCUGGGGUCGGGGCGCCAACCCCCUUCUCCUUCCCUAAACGAGCGCACCUCCUGUUCCCGCCGCCCCGGGAAGAGGGCCUGGGCUUCCCCUCCUUCCUCGACCCGGACCGCCACUUCCUGUCGGCCUUCCGCCGGGAGGAGCCGCCGCGGAUGCCGGGGGGCGCGCUGGAACCGCACGCGGGGCUGCGGCCGCUCUCGCGGCGCCUGGAGGCCGAGGCCGGGCCGGCUGGGGAGCUCGCGGGCGCGCGGGGCUUCUUCCAGGCGCGGCACCUAGAGAUGGACGCCUUCAAGCGGCACAGCUUCGCGACCGAGGGCGCGGGCGCCGUGGAGAACUUCGCGGCCGCGCGGCAGGUGUCGCGGCAGACGUUCCUCAGCCACGGCGACGACUUCCGCUUCCAGACCAGCCACUUCCACCGUGACCAGCUCUACCAGCAGCAGUACCAGUGGGACCCGCAGCUCGCGCCGGCGCGCCCGCAAGGCCUGUUCGAGAAGCUUCGCGGGGGCCGCGCGGGUUUCGCGGACCCGGAUGACUUCACCCUGGGCGCCGGGCCCCGCUUCCCGGAGCUCGGACCCGACGGGCACCAGCGGCUGGACUACGUGCCGUCCAGUGCGUCCCGCGAGGUGCGCCACGGCUCGGACCCCGCCUUCGGGCCCGGACCCCGCGGCCUGGAGCCCAGCGGAGCCCCGCGCCCCAACCUGACCCAGCGCUUCCCAUGCCAGGCCGCGGCGAGGCCGGGCCCAGACCCCGCUCCCGAGGCGGAGCCGGAGCGCAGGGGCGGGCCCGAGGGGCGGGCAGGGCUGCGGCGCUGGCGCUUGGCCUCCUACUUGAGCGGUUGCCACGGCGAGGAUGGGGGCGACGACGGCCUGCCGGCGCCCAUGGAAGCGGAGGCUUACGAAGACGACGUGCUGGCUCCCGGGGGCCGGGCACCUGCCGGCGACCUGCUCCCCUCGGCCUUCCGCGUCCCAGCGGCCUUCCCCACCAAGGUCCCGGUGCCAGACUCGGGCAGCGGCGGCAACGGCCCAGAGCGCGAGGGCCCGGAGGAGCCUGGCCUGGCCAAGCAGGACUCAUUCCGCUCGCGCCUGAACCCCCUGGUCCAGCGCAGCUCCAGGCUGCGCUCCUCGCUCAUCUUCAGCACGUCACAGGCCGAGGGCGCGGCCGGGGCUGCGGCGGCCACUGAGAAGGUGCAGCUGCUGCACAAGGAGCAGACGGUCAGCGAGACGCUGGGGCCCGGCGGAGAGGCCGUGCGCUCCGCGGCUUCCACCAAGGUGGCGGAGCUGCUGGAGAAGUACAAGGGCCCUGCCCGUGAUCCCGGCGGCGGCGCGGGCGCCAUCACCGUUGCCAGCCACAGCAAGGCCGUCGUGUCCCAGGCGUGGCGGGAAGAGGUGGCAGCCCCAGGUGCCGUGGGGGGCGAGCGCCGCAGCCUCGAGAGCUGCCUGCUGGACCUGCGCGACUCCUUUGCACAGCAGCUGCACCAGGAGGCGGAGCGGCAGCCGGGAGCCGCGUCGCUCACCGCGGCACAGCUGCUCGACACACUGGGCCGGAGCGGCUCCGACCGCCUGCCUUCCCGCUUCCUCUCUGCCCAGGGCCACUCAACCUCCCCGCAAGGGCUGGACAGCCCUCUGCCGCUGGAAGGGUCCGGAGCGCACCAGGUGCUCCAUAAUGAGUCAAAAGAGAGUCCCACCUCGGCUUACCCUGAGCGGAAGGGGAGCCCCACGCCUGGGUUUUCCACUCGAAGAGGAAGUCCAACUACAGGAUUUAUCGAGCAGAAGGGGAGCCCCACCUCAGCCUACCCCGAGCGCAGGGGUAGUCCGGUGCCCCCCGUGCCGGAGCGCAGGAGCAGUCCGGUGCCCCCCGUGCCGGAGCGCAGGGGCAGCCUCACUCUUACCAUCUCCGGGGAGUCCCCGAAGGCCGGGCCCGCGGAGGAGGGGCCGAGCGGCCCCAUGGAAGUCCUGCGCAAAGGCUCCUUGCGUCUUAGGCAGCUGCUGAGCCCCAAGGGCGAGCGGCGCAUGGAGGAUGAGGGUGGCUUCCCAGUGCCGCAGGAGAAUGGCCAACCCGAGAGCCCGCGGCGUCUGUCACUGGGCCGGGGUGACAGCACGGAGGCUGCCACAGAAGAGCGGGGUCCGCGGGCGCGCCUGUCCUCAGCCACGGCCAACGCCUUGUACAGCAGCAACCUUCGGGAUGACACGAAGGCCAUUCUGGAGCAGAUCAGUGCCCACGGCCAGAAGCACCGUGCGGUCCCUGCCCCGAGCCCCGGCCCGACCCACAACAGCCCCGAGCUAGGCCGUCCACCGGCUGCUGGCGUCCUGGCCCCAGAUAUGUCUGACAAGGACAAGUGUUCAGCCAUCUUCCGCUCGGACAGCUUGGGGACCCAGGGCCGGCUGAGCCGCACGCUGCCAGCCAGCGCGGAGGAGCGCGAUCGGCUGCUGCGCCGCAUGGAGAGCAUGCGCAAGGAGAAGCGCGUGUACAGCCGCUUCGAGGUCUUCUGCAAGAAGGAGGAGGCCAGCAGCCCUGGGGCAGGGGAAGGCCCCGCGGAGGAGGGCACCAGGGACAGCAAGGUGGGCAAGUUCGUGCCCAAGAUCCUGGGCACGUUCAAAGGCAAGAAGUAAGUCUUCUGGCCUGGCAACCCAGGCCAGGGUGCCCGCAUCGCUGCCCCGGUCAUCCAGAAGCCCCGCGGAACAGAGAGCCCUGCUCAUGUGCUUGAGCAGCGGCUGUCAGGCCACGGCCGCUUGGGGCUUGGCUGAGUGCGCCAGACCUCGGCUCCACUGGAGGCUCACCUGGCAGCUGCCGUCUCUGCCCCCUGGCCUCCCCAACGCUGGGGCUGCACCCCUCACCACCAGUGCCUUUCUCCCCUCAGCACCUUCAUCUCUGCACCGUCAGCCUUGCGUGGCACAGCGUCUGGCUCCGCCAUCUCUUUGUGCCUCAGUCCCCACCCCCCCCCCUUUAUUUUUUUGAGACCUGGGGCUGGAGUGCAGUUGAGCGGUCUGGGCUCACUGCAACCUCUGCCUCCCGGGUUCCAGUGAUUCUCCUGCCUUAGCCUCCUGAGUAGCUGGGAUUACAGGUGUAUGCUACCACGCCCAGGGAGUUUUUGUAUUUUUAGUAGAGACAGGGUUUCACUAUGUUGGCGAGGCUGGUCUCCAAUUCCUGGCCUCAAAUGAUCCGCCCGCUUCAGCCUCCCAAAGUGGGGGGAUUACAGGCGUGAGCCGUGCACCCCGCUAAGUCCCCUAUCCUCUUGCAAGGGUCUCGCCUCUGUGCCUCAACUCCCCAUUCUCUGGGCCCUUCUCCUCCUCAGGGCCUCCUGUUCUCAGGGCCUCCCCCCUCCCCGCUCCCUCCCUCUCUCAGGGUCUCCUCCCUCCCUCCCCCUCCCCCCCCGUCUCCCCCCUCCCCCCCACGGUCUCCCCCGUCCUCAGGGCUUCACUUCCUUUCCUACUUGGAUUCUCCCGCUCGCUGCCUCCCAGCAUCUUUUUUGGAGGCCCAACUCUUGCUGUGGGGAAGACUGGGCUGGCUGCGGGCAGUUUGCAAGGGGUGGGUGGGGCGGGGGUGGAGCUGGACCAGAAGAUGCCCCUUGGAGUGGCAAGGAAGCUGGACAGGGCAGGCCUCUGGGGACCGGACACAGGGAAGCCCGAAGGGGCGCCUUGGCCAGGUCUGCCGUCUCCUCCAGCGAGGCUCUGGCCAGCACUGGGUGAGAGUGGGGAGGGGGCACUGGCCUUUGCAGCACAGUAAAACAUGGUCCAGACAACCUGUGGCCCCGGCCUCAUGAGCACCCCCUGCACAGGCCCAGCCCAAGCCAGGCGCUAGAAGGGCUGGUUGUGGAGUGCUUAUCCUUGACAGGUAUGGGGCCAGGUGAGGGCAGGGGACAAGGUGCAGCUGAGGCCGAGCCCAACUAGGUCCUGGGCACCCCUGCAGGUGGGAGUGGUCCUUGUCCUCCUGGUAUCCAGCAGACACCCCCUCUCCCCACCAGCCCCAUUCUCAGGUCCUUUCCUCUUUGUCACCAACACCAAGAAUCUGUCCAGGGUUCUUGACUUAUCUUUUAUCUCUUUUCACCCCUAGAGAGGAAUUGCAAUUGACUCAGAAUGACACAUUUUGGCACCACGUGUGUAGAAAGCCCCCACUGUUAGAUGCUAGCCUCGUGAAAUUCAUGUUUCUGUAUUCUCCUAUUUCUUUUCAAAAACUAAUUUUUUUUUAGUGUAAUAAAUCCUAAGAGGGAACUGAUUUAAGAAACAAGGCCGCCAAACAAAGGCAGCAGUUCCGACUCCAGCAGCUGGGAAAGGAAGGAAAGUGACCCUGCUUUCACUGCUGGACAGCCCACUGGUUACCAAAACCACCGCGCAAGUCGGGAUGACAGCAGGGACUUCUGGCCAGGUGGAAAAGGUGCCUGGAAGCGGGAUGCACCUGUGCGUCUCUUGGCCAUGAUGUUCUUGUGGGCAUGUUAUUCUUGGUGCUGCCUGGGGUGUUGCUGAGUGGACAGGCUCUCCAGCUGGAGUCCAUGGAGAGGCCAGAGGCUGGCGGCCCUGCCUGGGCCUUCGGAGCCUCCUGCCUGCACCCUCCACCUCUUCCAAACCAUGAUGUGGCACAUUUUGGUGUUAAUAAAACACAACACACAAAAUA